AUGAGGGAGCCAGUACUGUUCAUGCGCCUUCCUGCAAAACUUCGCAACAUGGUGUACCGGCACCUUGUGGAAAUCAUCGAUUGUCCGAACAUGGCUGAGCUGUGUCGUGGACGCUCGCUCUGGGACCUCAACUGCGCGGCGGAUUCCAGGACUUCUCUGAUAAAGUCCUGGCAAUGGUCUAUUGGAAUCGGCCCUAAGGAUUUCGUCUACUUCCCUCUCGUCGUCCUGAAGAUGGACCCUCGGAUCCAGCAAGAAUUCGCCAGCGGUUUACUCAGCCAUCUAGCCAUACACAUGCGCGACGCUCAGGCCGCCCUCCUCGAAGACUCGUUCCGCCUCGAUCUGACGCCACUACCUCUCUUCUUGAGGAACCUUCGCAUCUUGGAGCUGGAUAUCGACCUUUGCGAUCAACUAUGUAGCGGUCAUAUUUCCGCGUGCACAACCUUCGAUGACGCAGGUCUUGACACACUCAAUACGUCCCUGCAGCACCUUAAAGCCACCCUGAGCACGUGCGAUAAUCUGGAGGAUAUCAGGAUCCGGUUACACGCCACCGAAGCUAUACCUCCGACCACAGUAAAGCUCGCAACCUCAGGACAGCGCUUGAGGUAUCCUUCGCCAGAGCUUUGGUUGGGGGCCCUCCUGAAUUACGAUUACCCCGAGCAGUGA